AGGCUCCCUGCCAGUGGAGAGUGGGUGCUGUGCAAUGGCAAUCAGUUUCGACGGCUACCAUGCUAAGCUCUCUGCUGUUAUCGAAUACGUGAACUGCAGUCAAGGAAACUCCUUCAACAUUCCGGAUCUCCGAGGACACUUCAUUCGAGAUGAGUGCACCUGAGAGAUCAACGACUGAACUCUCGAGAUCUCUAACCGACUUUGUUCCACGCAGGGUGGGAUCCCGGCCAAAACCGCAGAGCAGGCCUAAUCAUGCCGUGGAACAGGGUCUCCGACGCGGCCCAUGAAGGUGACGGUCAAAAUGAUGGCAAUGGAUUGGCAUGCCACCAACAAGGCAGGGGAGACCGAGACCCCAGUCAUUGACUGGUACAACAACACGACCCAGCUCCCCAGCGUCAAGAGUGAUGCCGAGACUAGACCUAUCAAUCCCUUUGAGGGAGAAGGAGACGACAUACCCGUUGGCGGUGUCAUUCCUUUGGGGGGGGCAGAUCACCAUGCGCCGGCCAACACCUUCCCGAGCUACAUCCGCUGCGAUGGCGACCCAAUCGACAGGAAUCAGGUGCCUGACCUGGUCAACACUGUCGGCACGAGGUUCCAGCUUGCCGCGGGUACCACGUCGUGGUGCUCUCCUAACCUCAGUGCCAAGUUCAUCCGCGGUGUCAACUUCACCGGCCGGAACGAUCCUGACAGCAAUGCUCGGAUUCUGCGCCGGGCGGUCAGGCCACGGGUGUUGGCACAGAGUGAUGCGACCUGCGCCAUGAGCCAGGAAUUGCACGGCGGAGACAUGGAGUCGCGCCCCGUCAAUGCGGGCGUGCAGUACUACAUCAACUCGGUCGGCGCCAGAGACAUCGAAGGCCUACCUGCCGUCUUACCCAUCGGCGGCAUCAUCGCCGUUCCGGCCAACCAGGCCAACAACAACACCUUCAACCUCCCCAACCUCCACUGCUGGGUUCUCCGCGGCGCCGAUGUCAACGGGGCGCAAGACGGCGGCGAAUCCGACUGGAACAACCGCUUCAGUCUCUACCCCGGCGGCGCUACCCGCGGCGCCGGGUCGUACCAGCGCUCGGCGACAGCGCGGCCGGCCCGACUCGGCAUCGAGCGCUUAGACCACCCCGUCGACACCGUCACCACAACCAAGACCAGAGGCUUUCCUUGGGGCCCGGACGAGCUCACCAACAAGUCGGCUCAGGCAAACGGGCCGCAGACACUGGCUCUGACCGCCAAGUGGGAUGACGAGAUUAUCCCGACCACUGUCGUCGUGGCGUACUACAUCCGCGCUGUUUGAUCCCUGGCGGCUGGAAAAUGGCAAGAAAGGGGGACUGUGGGAAUCGCGAAAAGUUAGGGAAAAUGGAUGCCAGCAUUCAUUGUGUUAUUUCGGUUGAUUAUCAGCAGCCUGUGUGAGAUUCAUAUACGUCUCGCUGAUCAGGUUAGGUUUUAUGAAUAAGAAGGCUAAGAAAACAGAGGACAAUGGAAG